AGUAAGCAUAAAACUUCCCAGGAAGACACAGGUUUUGCAUUUACAACCAAGUGCUAGACGUCCUUUUUAAAUACUGGAUCCCAAAUGAUAAGGCCCCCAAAUAUUCUAAGGUUGCUGUUGUUUUAUCGAGGGGAGCUUUCUUCCUGAGAAAAUGCCAACCACACAGAAAACGUUGAUGUUCCUGUCCGGCUUUCUCACAAGCCUGGGCUCAGUUGUUGUCAUCUGCUCCAUUCUUGCGACACAGGCAUGGAUCACCAGCAGGAUUUUCUUCACAGAUGCUAUCUCCAACGGUACCAUUGUUAUUACCUAUGGGCUCUUCCGUGGUACGGGUGCUCAAGAGUUGAAUGAAGGUCUUCAAGAUCUGGACAAAAACUUUGAAGUUUUAGGGACAUUGGACAAUUCUUCCCAGAAGUCUCUGCACCUGGUGGUCAUCCUCCUCCUGAUCCUGAGCCUGGCAGCUUCCGUGCUGAGCUCAGUGUUCACCUUCUACAACAGCAUCAGCAACCCUUACCAGACGUUCCUGGGACCUAUGGGCGUCUACACCUGGAAUGGACUCGGCGCAUCCUUUGUGUUUCUGGCCAUGGUUCUGUUCGUGGGGAAUGCCGAGUCCAACCAUCUCUCAGACAAGCUCUCCCAGAAGCUUUAUCCAGAGACCACUAACAAGAGAACAACCCACACUUACGGAUACUCGUUUUGGCUCACCCUGCUUGUCAUCUUUCUCAAUAUUGUCACUGCGGUCAUCAUCAUUUUCUAUCAGAAGGCCCGAUACCGGCAGAAGCAGGAGCAGAGGAAGCCAGUGGAGUAUGCUCCAAGGGAUGGCAUUUUAUUCUGAGUCCUGUCUCAUAGCCCAUUUGCACUGUCUCUGCCAAACUGGCUCACUCCUCUGAACACUGCAUGGCAGAGCAACUGUCAGGUGCCAUCGCUUCUGGAACCAUGACACCAUGUCCUGCCUAUAGAUGGUACUUGUAUCUUCCUCCAUGGACAUCCUCCUGAAAAGAGUUUUCUCCUAAGAUCAGGAAAAUGAUAGGGAAGGGCUGUGGUCUAGAGUAAUUCAAAAGAGGGCAGCCUGGGGCCUGCAGGCCUUUCUCAUUUGACCCUGCUAUCUGCAGUAAUAAUGGUCUGUGGGGUGUUUUGCCUUUCCUGUGACUAGAUAAACAGACUAUAGCCCCUAUGACCUUGUCCUCUGGAUUGAUCAGGCAUUUCGGUCCAUGAUAAGUAUACGGAUUUUUAGGCAGAGAAGUACUCUGAACUUAUUUUUUCACUCAGAAGUUAGAUACAGAAGGAUAAAAGAUGGGAUGACCUUGUGUUCCGGUCCCUUGGUGGCUGUUGUGACUUCCAGGUUUAGUUCCUUCAACGAGGGCUAGACACUUGCAGAACUUGGAACUUGGGAAGUCAUGCAUAAACAAAUUGGAGGUAAAAAAUGGUCUCUUCCAGUAAAUAGAAAGUCAGAAAAAUAGCAAAGGCACCAAAAUGUAUUCUGCAUGGUUUUCGGGUGCGACGUUUCCUUUUUAAAAAAUCUACUUGAGAACCCUUCAGCCUGGACUAUCCUAUAGGCUGCCACAGUAAAAACUGACAGACCUGAAAAGUGACCUCCUUUCAUGUGUUGACGGCGUCUUAAAACAGUAGCUCAAUGACAAGUGGUGGAUCUUAUGAAGCUCAAAGAUAAAUGGCCUUGAACACUCAGAGAUGUGAGCUGGGUCCCCACGGUGUUGGCAGCAGCAUGCUGGGUCCUUACCCUUGUGGUAUUCACUACCAGGCAGACGAGACAGACAUUUAAUAAGCUCUUCCUUGACUACUCCAAUUAAAACAGUUGCUUAGGGUUGCAGGUCACCCUUCCAUUGUAGAACACUAAGGUGCCUAGAGUGUGACAGGCCCUGGGUUCCAUCUCUACCUCUGUAAAAACAAAACAAGCAGGUAAUAACAAAAUUGUGCUUGUGUUUUAAAAGGAUGGAUCUCUAUCAUGCUCUCCCUUGAAGACCUACUAAUUCAAGAUUACUCUUACCUAAUAAAUUAUUAAAAGGUUACUAUACUAUUUUCUUUACUCUUUUCAUGAGUGUAAGUGCA